UUCCCCUUACUGGAGUCUCAUCGAGUCAAAGACCCGUCAGGAAAUGUGUCAAGAAACUUUAUUUAUUGCAGAGGGUUGGCGUGGCUGAGAACAUGAGCCAUGUCUGAGAAAUCACACAGGACUUUAAUGAAAUGUGACCUGUUCAGUCCCACAGAUGAGAACCAUGGCAGUGGCAGGCUGGGUCUGCUCGCUGGCUACACUGCUAUCUCUGGCAUUUGCUGUCGCACACAGCCACUGUGGGGAGAUAGAGACCUACUACGUGAGCACUGGCCACCUCUUUUUGCUGAGGUGCCUCAUUGCUGGUGCUCACACCAAUGUGACCUGGAGCAGAGCAGGGGGGCACGACGUAAGCCUGCCCACCGGAGUGGAAGUCAGGGAUGGCUUACUGUAUUUUCUACCUGUGCGGACUUCUCAUAAUGGAACCUACACCUGUGAGAAAAGGGAUAACACCGGAAAACUGAAGAUGUCAUUUAAGGUGUUGGUGUCCAAUGGAGAGUGUCCUGAUCCACCUGAGACCGUAUCCAUCUACAAGGGAGUCAGAGGAGGUCUUCCUUGCAAACAGACAGAGAUCUUACGACUGAAUAGCACAAGGAGCAUAAGAUGGAUGAAGGACUGCCGCCCACUGGAGCCCAUCUCUGUAGAUGAAAAUGGCUUCAUGAGAUUACCAGCAGCCUCAGAGACGGAUGCUGGGAAAUACACUUGCCUGGUGGACAUUAGCUGGAAUGGCAGGCAGUACACCGCUGCACGCAGCAUCCAGCUGACUAUUAACAGCGAUGAGCCUGGAGUUGUGCCAGAGCCCGAGCUGUUGUUCCCUCAGGGGGAUGUUGUGAUGGUUGAAGUAGGUGGGCGAGCAGAGCUGACAUGUUUAGCUUACAUAGGCUUCAGUGAGGACAAUGACACUCUCAUGUACUGGAUUAUUAACGGAACCUACGCCGAGGAUCACAAGGAACUUCAACAGUCCUGGAAAUAUGUCCACGACAAAGGCAGGGUGUAUGGUCUGUCCACUCUGUCCAUCUCUAAAGUUCUUCGUCAGUUCCUGAAUGUCUCCAUCAUUUGCUAUGUAAUAAACGCAGUUGGAGCGAAAGACGGCUUGGUGUUGCUUCAAGAAGCUGACCACAGUGUCCUCCACAUUACUGUUGCCCUCUGCAUUGCUGCCUCCUUGGCUCUUCAGGCCCUAGCUGCAGCCUUCCUCUUUUUUAAAGUAGAUGUGGUGUUGGCUUACAGGAAACUAUUGAGACAUUUUACCAAACAAGUUCCAGAUGGGAAGCUCUAUGAUGGCUAUGUGAGCUUCCUCCAUCCCAACAUCCUGAGUUCAGCUGAGGUGGCCAGUUUUGCCCUGCAGAUCCUGCCUGAGGAGUUGGAGAAUAAACAUGGCUACUCCCUGUACAUCAGAGGACGGGACGACUGCCCUGGAGAAGCUGUGCAUGAUGUUAUUGCUGCUACGUUGCGUCAGUGCCGCAGACUGAUAAUCAUACUAUCAUCUGAAACAAAGCCCUGCACUGAUGGGAAAAGUACAGAGGAAACAUCACCCUUGUGUAAUGCCCAGAACCAGCUAUGCUAUGAACAGAAAAUCGGCAUUCAUGAUGCUUUGACCCAGAACGACCCUCAAGUGAUUCUGGUGGAAAUAGAUGGCCCGGUGGAUUACAGUCGCCUGCCAGAGUCUCUUCACUAUAUCAAAAAGAAACAGGGAGCCCUGAAGUGGAAGAAAGCUUCUCUUGGAACCCACAAACCCACCAAACUGUGCUCAAACAGGAACUUUUGGAAGAAUCUGAGGUACCACAUGCCCUCAGUGCCUGCAGGAAGACUCCAGACUGUUGUCUAAACCAAGUGAAAAACUUAUCUUCAGGUUUUACAGAUGGGAUCCAAACCAGUGACGUGCUGUUAGAACAAGCAAAGCAAGCAGCGCUUGACCAACCAAAGCAUCAAUUAGAACGACACCAAAGAGAUAUCUCUCUUGACAUCUCAGAACAACAAUUUAUUGGCCUUUUGCAGUUGUAGUAGGCUUAUGACUCUGGAAGCUGAGUUGACUAUCAGCUGUUGCAUCUAUCGUUUCUAUCAUUUUCAUAGAUGUGGCUGUGUCCCGUGGACAAAGGCUGGGGCUUGUCAAGCAGAGGAGAGCAGUAUUUCUUAUCUAUUUAUUGUUUUUAUGUUGGCACAUGCACACUACCUAUAGUGAGCUACAGACAGGUGUUCUUGUCAAUCUUGACUCAGCUUCCACUCUUCUGACAAAAGUUAUGAUAUUAAAAGUUAUUAUACACGUGCAGAUGUGUACUCAUGUAUCAUAAUAACCAAGUCUUUUAGCGAUGUUCUGCUUUUUAGUCUUCGUAUUAAUAUCUUUUACUUUGUGUUAAUCAAGAUGCAGUGUUCUCUGUACAAGAGAGUGAGUGUGAGAAGUCUGAGACAGCUCAUUAGGCAGGUUGUUUAUCCCCUCUGUUUGCCUGUCUAUAAAACGCAUGCCUCAGGAUCCAACAUGUUUUCAGGAGACAAUUUUAUUCUUGGCAUAUGGAAACCAGACAACAUCUGAAACAUAUUGUAUACUUAUACAUGGCAUUCCUCAUCACCUGAAUCACACAACACUAGGAGUACUGUAAGCAAACACGACUGUUUGACAUUAGUUGUGCAGAUCAAAUAUGGUAUGUAAUAUAAUACUGGAAAGAAGUGGGUUAAGAAAUGUUAACACAGCCAAAACAUCUUACAAGUAAAGCUUGCAUAAAAAGAAGCCCUCACUCUUUAAUUCUGAGGGUUUCACAUCAGUCCUAACAUGUAAUGUUACUUCUGGACAUCUGGACAUUAUGUCAAAGAUGUUUUUAAGUGAUUUGCCUGAUGAGAUACUCUUCAAGGACGCUGUUUGUGUGUUGAGACAGCAACUGAAAUUUCAUGGCAAAUCAUGCGACUUGGCAGCUCCACCAGACUUGAAGGUUGCCAGCGAUUUUAUCAGCACAGCUAACGUGAGGGUUCAGUACAGGUAGCACGUGUUCUGGGAAUUUAAUCACAGGAGUACAGCGUAACGAAACAAAAGACUGGUGCUAAAACAUAAUCUCACUUGGGAAAUGUGCAGUGUCACCACUGUGUUGCAAUACUGUGUGCACAACAUACAACACAUUUUUUUCUAUGAAAAAGAGUGUAUGCCUUCUCGCACAGUUCCUUUAAAAAAAAAAAAAGAAAAGAAAAAUUUAAAGUUGUUUUUGUUACACCAUUCUGACUGUGGCAGCAUUUGUAUAGAAAAACAUUCACUUUUAUUAUUCAAAGGCAAGACCUAGAAAAAGCAUACAAGCUUUCAGUACAGCAGCACGCGGUACACAUGAUUCCAUGACCGACCCUGGGCUCACUCUACUGCAGUUUUCUUCUAUGUGGCUUGAAGAACUGUACCACAGAAAGCUGUGAAACUAAAUGUUGAAAUAUUAUAUAAAAUUAUUUUAAAUUAAACAGACUGCUCAGUUAUUUAAAAAGAAAAUAUAUCUUUUGACAGGUGCCACAUUUUUACUUCAUGUAUGUACACAGCUGCCAGAGACAUACUGAUAGCUGGGCUGUUGUGCGGACAAUAUCUAACAGCAUCGCCAUUCUUGAGGUGCUCUGGUGACAUUUACAAGGGGAUUUCCAUUAUGAGAUUAUGUAAAAGGUUUUUAAAGAUUAUCAAAGGUCACCUUAUUAAGGUGUAGAGUUAACAAUAUUUUCUCCAAUUUUGAGACUAGGUGACACCAAGAGUCAAAACAUUGUUCACAGUUG